AAGGAAAAUUCCUGCCAGCUGACUUCAUUAUUAUUUUUGUACAAAAACCACACAAGCCAGUUAAACUAUUCAACGGAAAGUUUUGUUUAAAAAAAUAUGAAAGUGGUGUGAAAAUUUAAUAAUAGUGAAUAAUGCAAGCACAAGUUGAAGAUUGUAUGCCAGAGACGAGAGAAAAUCUCAUCGUUGUCACAGGUUUUGGUCCAUUCUUUGGUCAUGAGGAGGUGAAUGCCAGCUGGGAAGCAGUGCGACUAUUGCCUGAUAGUAUAGUGCUUGGAAAUAACACCUACAAAUUGCAGAAAAUCGAAGUACCUGUUGAAUAUGAAGCUGUGGACAAGCAUAUAGAAAGCAUAUGGUCAUUACAUCCAUUGCUGGUCAUACAUUGUGGAGUCAAUGGCCAGUCAUCAUGUGUACAUGUGGAAAAGCUAGCCUACAAUAAUAACUUUUGCAAAAAGGACUAUGCAGGUCGAUAUUUGGAAGAAUCCAAAGCUUGCCUGAAAAACUGCCCAGGCAAGAAGACAGCGAUUUUUACUAAAUUAAAUGUUAAUAAAAUUGUACAAGUAAUAAGUGAUAAUUGUGGAUGUACACCCAAUGAUAUGGACUUAAAAUUGGCUAAAGUUUCUAAAAAUGUUGGCAACUAUCUGUGUGGUUAUAUCUAUUUGAAAUCUUUGGACUAUGAUUGCUCGCGUUCUUUAUUUGUCCAUGUACCACCCUUGGAUAUGCCUUUUGGGGCAGAUAAAUUAUCGGAGGUGCUUCUAAAGAUAACGGAAGAAUGUCUGCGGCAAGUGGUCGAUGGGGUUGAGAAGAAAGAUAAAUGAACAAGUAUUUCAUCAAAUGAUAUUAAAAAUGAGUUAUAUUAUUUUUGCUAUACCUAUAUAAAUAUCAAAAAAACUGUACAAAAUAA